UCAAAAUCAAUUAAGUAAGAAUUAAUUAAUAUCUAUCCCGAAUUCGAAUUUUAAUAAUUUCUAAAGAUGAAUGUAAAUGGUUCAUUUUGUGAUACAUCCAAUAGCAGAACUAUUCUAGAAAGUGAUGGAGAAUGUAUAUCAAGUGACAAUGACGAUCCUACUUUACUUUUUCUAGAAUAUGAUGAAUUAUCUAACCAUUCAGUUGAUUUUAGAAGAAAAACUAUUAAAGAUUUAAAAAAAAUAAAGGAUAUUGGCUUUAGUAAAAAUACAAAUCUAAAAAUAAAUAACAUUUGGUCUGAUGUUAUCAUGGACCAAAAUCUAAUAAGCCAAAUGGACACUGUAGCAUUUGUUAAUGGCAUUAAACGUAGUAAAAAUUUGGGGCCAGAAUGUUAUUAUACUUCUCCAGAUAUUAUGCCAAUUAUAAAUAAUGCAUAUAAAAAUAGAAAUAAAAUAAAAAAAUUAAAUCAUAAUUAUAGUAAUAAAGAUGAUUAUAAUGAUAAAAUAAAAUUUAACUGCAAAAAUAAUAUUUUUAGAGCAAAUAUAAAUGAUAAUAUUAGCAAAGGUGAUACCAUAGAUACCAAUUUAAAAUGCAAUAUUAAUGAAAAAAAGAACCAUUAUAAGCACAAUAAAUAUAACAAAGGUAUUGAAAACUAUGAAGAAAUUAUUAAAAAAUUUGGUGAUCAAACACUUGGACAGAGAAGAAAACAUGUUGUAUAUAGAUUAAAUGCCUACUCAAUUAAAUCUGGAUAUGAAAGAUUUUACAAGAAUAUUGGUUUUUCCCAUGACACAGAUUCCAAAACUGCAGUGACUAUUAUAUCCAAAUAUUUAGAAGAAUCGAAUAUAGACUUAAUAGAAAAAAUAGUGAAUAAUUUAGGUGCCCUCAAAACUUGUCAAAUACUAUGUGAAACAGAUGCCAUUCAAAAAAUGGGAGGACUCUAUACAUUAGAUGGAAAGCGUAAAAGAACAUUUGGGGGUGUUUUUAUAGUGAUGGUUAAGACCGAUUUAACGGUAGACCAGUCUCUUAAAGCCCUAAUCUUUGGUAACGAGAAUCAACCCAAAAUAAAUAUCGCCAAAGAUAAAAAGGACAUCAUUUUGGAUACCGAAAAACAAUUAGAUAAGAUGAACUCCAAUGAACCCUCGGACUCAAAAGGUAACUCUGUAGAUCAUAUUGAUUUGGAGAUUAAAAAUACUGUCGCUCCUCCUACACAUCCUAUUCCUAUUUCUCCCGCAAUCAUGAAUGAUGAUAUAAAUGAAAACAUUAUUUCGGGAUCCAGCAAUGAUUUAAACGUUAAAAGAGAUUCGGAAAAAAUUGUGUCUAAACCUCAAAAUACGAAAAAAAAUAAAGGUAUUAGAAAAUUACCACCGUUACCCGUGGAGAUAAGGCAGGACAACAAAUUUUUAUACUACCAGUCUCCUAAAAAUCGUUUUAAUCGCAAUAACUAUAACAAUAAUUUUAGUCCUAAAAGAAAAAAUUUCAAAAAAGGUGGUAAAAACCCAAAUAAGGGUAUUCCAAAUAUGAACGGGUUAGGAGGAAGUAGGGAGCAAAACUUAGAUGCCGAUGAUAUAGACGUGAUAAUAAACAAAGAAAUAGAUCAGUUAAGUCGACCAAACGAUUUAAAUCAAGCUGCUAACUCUAAUGAUAACAAAUGUAAAGUCAAAAAAGAUCUCGAAGUUAAGAAGAUUAUUUAUGAAGUUAAUAUGGAAACUUGAAAAUUAUCCAAUUAUUUCUAACAGAUAAGAUGUUUUUUUUAUAUAAAAUUGGUAUUUUUUAACAAAUAUAUUAAAAUUGAUGAUAAAAAUGCAUCUAUAUGAGCUGAACUAUAGCUAGCUAAAAAUAUGAACUCAAUAGCAAAUCCAUAUUAUUAUUGUCACUCCUUUUAUAUUAUAUUUUCAAUUUACUAAUAAAAUAAUAUUUUGUAAAAUUAUUUUAAAAAAUAAAACGUCAAUUUCUUUUUGUAGUUUAUUUCAAAAAUCAGAUAUAAUAUUUAAAUUCAAACAAAAAAAUUGUGUAAAACUAAUAUUCACAUCAGAAUUAGAAAUAAUAUACAUUUUAUAUAAAAAUAUUGAGGGGGGAGGGGUAUAUAUAAAAUAAAUUAAAUU